GGUCGAAAAGGAAGGAGGUUAACGUAACCUACAAAAUAAGUCUAAGCAAGCACGUUGUCAGUGAUCAUUCGUUACACGAAAGGAUAGUCAGAAGUCAGUUGCAAUGGAUACAAAAUUAAACUUGGAAAAGCUCAUAGAAACAUCUGAAAGUACAGGAAAGAGUAAUUAUGUUGCCUGGCGUUUUAAGCUAAAUCUGUUGCUGCGAGCCAAGGGUCUGUUUGAUGUGGCUACAGGUACGACGGUUAAGUCUCCUUUGGCAGACAAUACUUAUGCAGAUUGGUGCAAGAAGGAUAUUGAAGCACAAACAAUCAUUGGCCUGAAUGUGGACGAGAAAAUUGCCCUGAAGAUAAACAACUGUCUGGAGGUUGAUGGACUGGCUCAGGAGCUACGUGCUGCUGGCGAGGAAAUCAAAGAUGAAUGGAUUAUAUCUCGAAUUUUGAACAGCUUGCCAGAGAAAUUCAAUUAUUUUCACUCAGCUUGGGAAUCACUGGUUGAUGCUGAUAAAACUCUUCCUAAACUGAUGGAACGUCUCCAACAGGAGAAGCUGCGAAUGAAGACGCAGGAAUCUCAGACCAUUAGCAAUGCAUUGUUGACAAGAGGCAGAGAAACAUCCGGAAACAAGGGUCAGAAUAGGAAAGGCUUUGAAAAGGGACAGUCCAAGACAGGUUCAUUACACUCUGGUCAGUGAAGUCAGUCGUCAGGUCAGUUGAAGUGUUAUAAAUGUGGCAAGUCAGGACAUUUGAAGACUGAAUGUCAUGGUAAAUUCUGUCAAGAGUAUAUUGACUACUGCAAGAAGCACUACAAGUGCAACAACUGUCGUGAGACGGGUCAUUUUGCCAAGGAAUGUCCCAAAAAUGAUAAGAACAAGGUAAAGUCUUUUGUAUCAGUGGGAUUAUCUUCUGCAGAGGUUGACAGUGUCUCACAAAAUCAAGAAUCAUGGUACAAAGACAGUGGGGCAUCGCACCACUUGACAGGAAAUCUGAGUUGGAUGUCGGAUGUAAAAGCAUUGAACACACCUACUUUGGUAAAAAUAGGUGACUCUACUGAAUUAAAGGCUGUAAGCAUAGGAGAUGUCCACCUGGUUGCCUACAAUGGAGAGGAAUGGUAUCCUAUAGUUCUUCGUCAAGUUUUAUUUGUUCCUAAUUUAGUAUUUAAUUUGUUUUCGGUAACCACUGUAUUGGAUAAAGGUUACACGCAGCAAGCUGACAAAGGGAUCCUGCAACACGCGAACUACUCAGCUCUAAGUCUUCCAGCAACCAUCAAGUUGUUCUAUGAGUGCCCAUUGGAAUACAGUGUUCUCCGUUGAUUCCACUGGAACAAAGUGUUCUCCGCUAUUCCUAUUGGAAUACUUAUACGUACCGCACCCGGAACGGUGUUACUCUAAAGACUAUUCUCCGAUUCCAAGUAUUACGGAAUCUGAAAGAUCCUCCGCAACCUGAUUGACGAUCGUUCAUCCCUAUGUGAGCUGGUCUCCUUUGGGACGCUUCAGGAACAUUUAGAUCGAUUCUUGUCUCAUCCCUUUGCCCAAUCGCCUGGGAACCUGCACUUAGCUGCACUCGGCAAUGGAAUUCUCAAAGUUUUGGAGAUAAUGCACAACCCAUCCGACGUCGCCGUCUGAAUCGCCGCAGUCGUCGAUCCGGUCGCAAGCUCCGAGCUAAGAGAGUUAGACAGGCUGUGCUCCAAGAAGUAAACAAUCCGGACACUCGCCGUUCACCGAGUCCCGUUCUACUCGCUGAACCCGGUGGUCCGCAAUUGCCCACCCUGUCAAGUGUUCAUUCCGACUCGUCAUCCGCGUCGACUUGCGUGUUGGAUCACGAAGUCCUUUCGACCGGACUCCUUACCGAAGCAGACGACCUCGUGCGAUACCUUGAGUUAGAGCCACCUUCAUCCGAACCGGCUCAACUCAUCUUCGCUGACAUCGCCGACGGUCUCGACGAUCCGGAACCCAACGAUGACGUGGUCUACCUAGGAACCGCCACCAAUCCCUUCUACGAAUUGGCUGGUCCCGUGUCAUUCCUUAACACAGACCACACAGUAAAGGUAAACGACCACACCGAGAUCCCAGACCAGUUACUACUGGAGUACCUCGACCACUAUAACUCGAUCACCGAGGAAUCAGAAUCCCUCCCUCCAGCAUAUUAGAGCGGUGCACCGAAACACUCUCUACUUAUCAAUAAAUGUACUCAUU